ACCGCACCGUAUACAUUGCAACAUUCGACCUGAUUCUGUGCGGUCCCGUGGGAGCACUGGCAUGUCGUUGACGUUGCUCGCCGGCUAUCCUAUGUAAAGUAAAAUCCACCCCGCCAUGGCCGACGAUCACGACAAUUCUGCCACCUCGCUCGCGAGUCUACAGCCGCCCGACGAGCCCACGGAGAGAGAGACCGCCGCCGGCAUUGUCCCCAGUCACGGCAUCAGUAUCAAUUUGCCUACUCCCGCCGGCGAGGGCGAGGGCGAGGACGGUCACCACUUCAGACACCCUGUGCGACAUGUAUCCGCACCGGCAUAUCAGAGUCCCCUGCGACACCACCGCAGGGCCCCGUCCAGAUCAAAAGGCGUAAAGGAGACGCUCGAUGCACGGUCACACUACGGCAGUAGCGACGACGAUGGUGGAGCGGUACAUCGCAUCAACCAGUAUAUCAUCAAGCAAGAGAUUGGCCGGGGGAGCUUCGGAGCAGUACACUUGGCUGUGGACCAAUACGGGCACGAAUAUGCUGUCAAGGAGUUCUCCAAGUCUCGUCUCCGCAAGCGAGCACAAUCGAAUCUCCUGCGGAAGCCGAAUCAGGCUCGGCGGCCAGGUCAUCUCUCUGCAGGCGUGGGCUUCAACUCGCCUCUCCAUCGGCAUACGUCUUCCGAUAAGCUGAAUGGACCCAACAAUUCGCUCGAGCUCAUCAAGGAAGAAAUUGCCAUUAUGAAGAAACUGGAUCACCACAACCUAGUCUCGUUGAUUGAAGUCCUGGACGAUCCGCAAGAAGACUCGCUUUACAUGAUACUCGAAAUGUGCAAGAAGGGCGUGGUGAUGCACGUUGGCCUGGAUGAUCGCGCGGAGCCAUACGACGAAGACAAGUGCCGUUGCUGGUUCCGUGAUAUGAUUCUGGGCAUUGAGUAUCUGCACGCUCAGGGCAUCAUCCAUCGGGACAUUAAGCCAGACAAUUGCCUCAUCACUCAAGACGAUGUCCUCAAGAUUGUUGAUUUUGGCGUCAGUGAAAUGUUCGAGAAGGAGUCCGAAAUGCACACGACCAAGUCAGCAGGGAGCCCAGCGUUCAUGCCGCCAGAGUUGUGCGUGGUGAGACAUGGUCCCAUCAGUGGCAAAGCUGCCGACAUCUGGAGCAUGGGUGUCACCCUGUACUGUUUGCGGUAUGGGCGUAUACCAUUCGAAAAAUCUGGGAUGCUGGAACUAUACGGGGCGAUCAAGAAUGAUGAUUUCGACUUGGAAGACGAAAAGGAUGAGAACUUUGCAGAUCUCAUGCGCAGACUGCUUGAAAAGGACCCUGAUAAGCGCAUCACAAUGGCAGAACUUCGAGAACAUCCUUGGGUGACAAGGAAUGGAACCGAUCCGAUGAUGCCAGCUGACGUGAACUGCGCCACGCUGGUGGAGCCCCCCACGGAUGCGGAGAUGGAGGAAGCCAUUACUGGUAAUAUGGUUCACCUCAUGACGGUCAUGAAGGCCGUCAAGCGGUUCAAGAAGCUUAUAUAUCGAAAACGUCCUCAGUUCAUGGAAGGUCUUUUUGGGCGGGAGUCUCGCCUGUCGGCACCCCCAAGCAAUCUCUCCCGGGAAACACAAAGUGCCGACGCAUCAGAUCGGCGACCAGUGGAGUCCGCAUUGGCCACGGAAGGCGUCCACCGGGACAUGGACGAUCAGAUCUUGAAAGGGGCAGAUAUGCGUAGACUGGAGCUCGAGGAGACAUCUACGAUGCCUUCAUCUACAGAUAGUACGGGUGGAACAGAGGGCAGAAGCCUCGCACCAGAGUCGCAUCGCCCGUCAAUUGCUCAACCGCUUUCCGCUGAUGAGGACUCUCUCGCACGGCCAUUCCUAAACCACAAAUCGAGCACUUUUCCUCUCGACGACCGAGGUAAGGGGCAUGCGCAUGACCCAUUGGAAGACCAAAUCUAUCUCCGUAUUGGUGCUGGUGGCAGUGAUGGCAAUGACGACGAUGAUAAUUUUUUGGUCUGCGAAAGUCCUGGUGGGACGGACGAGGACAUCUACGAAGCCGCAUAUCAAGAAGAGCUCAAUCGCAUCAUUCAAGACCGCGAUAAUGCUGGAUUGGUUUUGACGCGUCGAGUGGAGCACAUAGAACGUCUUCGUCGGCAUCCCAAUGUUCUGGCAUCUUCUCUCAACCAUGCGAUCGACUUUGCUACCGCGACAGGGAGUAAGGCUCAUGCUCGCGCACGCACCAGUCGACUCGCGUCUUUUGCGCGAGACAAGAGAGACCGGGCUCGAGCUAAUGUUAAUGAGCGCAUUGAGCAACGUGCGGCCGAUCGCGCGAUUGACGAUGUGCGCGAUAAUACGACUCCUGCUUUGAUGAUCAACGACGAGACGGCCGCAUCUCCACUGCCGAGUCCUGUGAACAACUCUAUUCCCAGUGGCCUGGCCACUCCGCCUUCGCGAUCUCGUACUCCUAACAGCGAACGACGUCUCCGCGAUGCUGCCAAGUUCCAAGCUGGACAGACUCUGAAAGGCGUCGCCCGACGACUGAAUGAGACUGCGUCCAGAUUGGAGGCACGCAGUAGCGGCAGUACCAGUAGCAACGGCAGUGGACCGGUGUCACCCUACCCGGAGACGUGAUGCAAGCAGCAGCAUUCUGCUACACAUAAAGUUACCUGGCUACCUAAUUGGCAAAAGACUGUAUUGACGUAUUGUAUAAGACGCAUGAGAAGCAUGGAGACGAGAGAUGGGAAUACGUUGGCAGCAGCGCUGGUCGCAUGCUGUUGGAGUGUUCUGUUCGUGUUGAGUACAUGUGUGCGUUAGCGCGGAGUUUGGGGGGAGCGGAAAGUAAUAAGCACAUGAAGCAUUGUUUUUGAUGGAGGAGUAGGAGGUACGUUUAUGGCAGCAGCAGCAGCAGCAGCAGCAGAGUAACAUGGAUAGAAAUGUCAAGAGUUUGCCCAUGAGCGCCUGUGAUGGUGUUUUGAAGCAGAUGAAUUACAAGACUGUGUGAGUGAUGAUGACUCGCUCCCUCCUUCCAGCGGCCACCAUCUUUGAAAACAGUUCAAUACCAGGAUGAAGUAGAUAUGUUACAUUUCAGUUAUAGAACGUCUAUAACUUGGCAUGAAUUUUAUCAUCAUGGACAAUCAAGGCCGAAGCUUGUUGUAAACUGGCAAUGGCUUCGGAUUCGAUUCGAGAGACGAGAGUUUCGCAGGAAGGGAUAUCGUGAAUGAGACCGACGACUUGACCAGCUGUCCAGACCCCAAAAUCCGGAUCUCCAUUCACAAACACCUGUCUGCCCCUCGCUCCACUCACCAACGGCCCCACAGCCUUAAACUCCUUUGUCUCCGGAUCAUUUUCAAUCCGAUACGCCUCGGAACUAACUUUAUUCUUAAACAACCUCGAAGUAUUUUUCCAUUUCCGCAACACCAAUUGCGUAUCCGUCUCCUGCGCAGCCACAAUCGACUCUUUAAUCUUCACAUGUAUCGGCGCUUCCAUCGUACACAUGAAUCUCGUUCCCAUAUUAAUCCCCGCGGCGCCCAAAUUUAACGCCGCUGCCAAUCCUUGUCCGUCGCAGAAUCCUCCCGACGCAAUGAAGGGGAUGGUUAGAACUUGACGCGCGCGGUUGAGCAGGAUGAGGUUGGUGAUGUCUGUUUCGCCGACGUGGCCUGCACAUUCGAAACCGUCGAUAGAGAGAAAAUCUACGCCGAGUUUGACGGCGCUGAGAGCGUGCCGGAUUGUGGUGCAUUUGUGGAGGAUUAUGCAGGGGGGAGAGGCUUCUUUGAGCAUUUUGAUGAUGGGCCCGGGGGAAUUUCCUGCGGUUUCGACUAUGCGGAUUCCGGAGUCGAGAAUCGCUUGGGCGUAGCCGGCGUAGUCCGGGGGGUUGAUGGAGGGGAGCAAGGUGAGAUUUACGCCAAAGGGUUUGCUCGUGAGGGUUUUGCAGCGUUGGAUUUCGGCGCGGAGAGCGUCCGGGCUGGGUUGUGUGAGGGCUGUGAGGAUUCCUAGACCUCCCGCGUUGGAGACGGCGGAUGCGAGUUCGGCGUAUCCCACCCAUUGCAUGCCGCCUUGAACCACUGGCACACGGAUGCCCAAUUUGCGGGUGAGAGCAGUAUUGAAGGGCAUGAUUGUUGUGUUGGUGGUGGUGAUGGUUCUGUC